CUCUCAGCGCCGGCGGGGGAGGUGCGUUGGAGCCAUGGCUGCUGCCAACCCCUGGGACCCGGCGCCGGAGCCAAACGCCGCUGGGCUGCUGUUGGGCCACUUCGUAGCUUCAGGGAUGGUCACUGAGGAGAUCUUAAGUAUAUCUAAGAAAACAGACCCUUGCUUUGUGAACUUCUCUAGACUACAACAGAUCACAAAUAUUCAAGGUGAAAUCUACCAGAAAAACCUGGAAAUAGAACUCCUGAAACUAGAAAAAGAUACAGCAGAUAUUGUCCAUCCCUUGUAUUUGGCUCAGAAGUGUCAUACUCUGCAAAGCAUGAAUAAUCAUUUGGAAGCAGUGCUCAAAGAGAAGAGGUCUCUCAGGCAAAGACUGUUGAAACCCAUGUGCCAGGAAAACUUACCUCUUGAAGCCGUUUAUCACAGAUACAUGGUACAUUUGCUGGAGUUGGCUGUGACUUUCAUUGAGAAACUAGAAAUGCAUCUUGAAACAAUUAGAAAUAUUCCUCAUUUAGAUGCAAAUCUAAAGAAAAUGAGCAAGGCUUUAGCAAAGAUGGAUAUUUUGGUGACUGAGACAGAAGAACUGGCAGAGAAUAUACUCAAAUGGAGAGAACAGCAAAAUGAAGUUUCUUCUUAUAUUCCCAAAAUAUUAGCUGAAGAAAAUCAUCUUCAUGGUGCUGUGGCAUAGUGGGUAAAGCCGCCGCCUGCAGUGCAUCCCUUAUGGGUACCGGUUCGAGCCCUGGCUGCUGCUCUUCCAACCUAGCUCUCGGCUAUGGCCUUGGAAAGCAGUAGAAGAUGGCACAAGUUCUUGGACCCCUGUAGCCACAUAGGAGACCCGAAAGAAGCUUCUGGCUUCGGAUUGGCCCAUCUCCAGCUGUUGCAGCCGUUUGGGGAGUGAACCAACGGAAGGAAGACUAUCUGCUUCUCUGUCUCUUUGUUAACUAUGCCUUUCAAAUAAAUAAAUAAAUCUUUUUUUAAAAAAGAAAAUCAUCUUCAGAAACAGUGAAGCCUUCUUCACCUUUAUUUUCUAAACUUCAUAUCUAAACUAAUGUCAAGUGAUCAUAACUUUAUUUUUGCUUAAUUAUAUAUAGUCAAAAGAAUCUAUAUUUAUAGGCUUUAGUGCUGACAAGAUAGAAGGGACUUUCUUUAUCAUAAAGUACCAAGAUUUCAGGUUCAUGAAGACCAAACUGACUUUUCCUUUGUUUUUCAUACAUUUUCAUUCCACUUUUCAGUAAAGCUAGUGAAAAUCAAAUACUGCUUUGACAAUAAGUGAAUUAACCAUUUUUUCAGGUGUUAGAUUUUCUGUAUCUUUUUAAAAAAUAAACUAGAAGUUUUCUUGAA